UCUCUCUCAUCCCUGACUGUCACUUGUUUUGUGAGAAUAGAGAGAGAGAGAGAGGGAGAUUUUGCUAGAAAACCCAAAUCUUAGGCAUUUUAGGGUUGCUGGAGUAUAGAUCACCCACCUGCUUUGAAUCAGUCCUUUUUAACCCAAAACCCUAAUUCCCCUUCUUUUUUUUUUUUAAUUUGAAAAUUUCAAAGCUGGACAAGUAGUAAUCUACGCUCCCUCCGAUCUACUUUUCCUAAAUUAUAUAUUAUUCGCUUGAAUUUUCUUUUGUGGAGCUCUUCUUCUUUCUCUCUCUUUUUUUGAGUUGAAUCCCAUGAAAUGCAUACCUGUGUGUGAUUCGAUCGACGAGUCUCCUGAGAUUUGAUGGAAGUGAAGCUGUUCGUUCCUGCUUUUCUCGGAUUUCCAUGGAGUUUUGCGGUUCAAGUUCUAGGUUCGUUUCCAGUCUCCAGCUCCGGUUCGCCGCCGGUCUCGCCGUUUCAGGGAUUUUGUUGAUUCUAUUGUGGUCUGGAGCAGCUGAUGCCAAAUCCAGGCAUGGCCAAAUACCUUCUUCGCAAGGUCAUGAAAGUGGAGUAUCGUCUCAUUCGUGUAUCCAUGAUCAGAUCAUUGAACAGAGGAAGAGACCCGGUCGAAAAGUAUACUCUGUUACUCCACAGGUUUAUCACGAGCCAAGGAGUGCUCGUAAAGGAAGGGCGUUGCUUAGUGUUUCUGAGGAGGAGCACAAGGAUGUGAAACAACCUAUCAGGAUUUACUUAAACUAUGAUGCUGUUGGUCACUCUUUCGACCGAGAUUGCCAAAGAGUUGGCGAUAUCGUGAAGUUGGGUGAGCCUCCUUCGAGCACUUUCCUUGCUGCUCCUACUUGCAAUCCUAACGUCAAACCUCCAGUUUCCGGUGAUUGCUGGUAUAAUUGCACUUUUGAUGACAUAUCUGGGGAGGACAAAAGGCGUCGCCUACGCAAGGCUUUAGAGCAGACAGCAGAUUGGUUCAGAAGAGCAUUAGCUGUUGAACCUGUCAAAGGGAACUUGCGGUUAAGUGGAUACUCUGCCUGUGGGCAAGAUGGUGGUGUGCAACUUCCUCGUCAAUAUGUGGAGAAGGGUAUUGCUGAUACUGAUUUAGUUCUCUUGGUAACCACAAGACCUACUACUGGUAAUACCCUUGCAUGGGCUGUUGCUUGCGAACGUGAUCAGUGGGGACGUGCAAUUGCUGGGCAUGUCAAUGUUGCUCCCCGCCAUUUGACUGCGGAAUCUUGGACUUUGCUUUCAGCAACUCUGAUUCAUGAGGUCAUGCAUGUCCUUGGCUUUGAUCCGCAUGCCUUUGCUCAUUUUAGAGAUGAAAGGAAAAGAAGACGAACUGAGGUCACUGAGCAACAGAUGGAUGAAAAGCUUGGUAGGAUAGUGACACGCGUAGUGCUUCCACGGGUUGUCAUGCAUUCGCGGCAUCAUUACGGAGCAUUUUCUCAGAACUUCUCGGGUUUAGAACUUGAGGAUGGAGGAGGACGUGGCACAUCGGGGUCCCACUGGGAAAAAAGACUUCUCAUGAAUGAGAUAAUGACUGGAUCGGUAGACACAAGAUCAGUCGUUUCGAAAAUGACUCUAGCGCUAUUGGAAGACAGUGGCUGGUAUAAGGCUAAUUAUAGCAUGGCCGACCGUCUCGAUUGGGGCCGGAAUCAGGGGACUCAAUUUGUCACAUCUCCAUGUAACAUGUGGAAAGGUGCUUACCAUUGUAACACAACCCAACUAUCUGGCUGUACAUACAACAGAGAGGCCGAAGGUUACUGCCCAAUUCUAAGCUAUAAUGGAGACUUGCCUCAAUGGGCUCGUUACUUUCCACAGGCUAACAAAGGCGGUCAGUCUUCCUUAGCAGAUUAUUGUACAUAUUUCGUAGCCUAUUCAGAUGGGUCUUGUACGGAUAUCAAUAGUGCACGUGCGCCUGACAGGAUGUUGGGUGAAGUGAGAGGGAGUGACUCCAGGUGUAUGGCCUCGUCUUUAGUGCGUACUGGGUUUGUCCGGGGUUCCAUGCCGCAGGGGAAUGGCUGUUAUCAGCACAGAUGCAAAAAUAAUUUGUUGGAGGUUGCUGUGGAGGGAGAAUGGAAAUUCUGCCCUCAAGCUGGUGGACCAAUUCAGUUUCCCGGUUUCAAUGGUGAAUUGAUUUGUCCGGCUUACCAUGAACUCUGCGGUUCACCCAUAGUUUCUGUGCUUGGCCAGUGUCCUAAUUCUUGUAACUUCAAUGGAGAUUGUGUUGAUGGGAAGUGUCGUUGUCUCCUUGGUUAUCACGGUCAUGACUGUAAAAUCCGUUCUUGCCCUAAUAAUUGCAGUGGACAUGGAAAAUGCACAACUCAAGGUGUAUGCAUAUGCGAAAACGGAUUUACUGGAAUUGAUUGUUCCACUGCUGUGUGCGACGAACAAUGCAGCCUACAUGGAGGAGUGUGUGACAAUGGGGUUUGCGAGUUCCGUUGCUCUGAUUAUGCUGGCUACACAUGUCAGAACAGCUCUAAACUAGUAACAAGUUUACUGGUAUGCAAAAAUGUGUUGGAGAGAGACAUGUUAGGGAAACAUUGUGCUCCACGGGAGCCUAGCAUACUUCAGCAGCUCGAGGAAGUUGUGGUCAUGCCCAACUACAAUAGGCUUUUUCCAGGCGGGGCUCGAAAAUUAUUUAACAUUUUUGGUAACAGCUAUUGUGACGAGGCAGCAAAAAGACUAGCUUGUUGGAUAUCGAUCCAAAAGUGUGAUAUUGACGGAGACGAUAGAUUACGGGUAUGCCAUUCAGCAUGUCAGUCCUAUAAUGUGGCGUGUGGGGCUUCCUUGGACUGCUCGGAUCAAACCCUUUUCAGCACCGCGGAAGAAGGCGAUGCUAAUUGUACGGGAUCUGCCGAGAUCAGAUCGCCAUGGUUUACCCGUUUGUGGAGUAAACUUUUAGCAAGUAACUAGGAACCAUUCGUGUGUGGAACGCAAGAUUUGUGUGUUCAAGGUAGAUAGUGAGGCAGAGUUAUUAUUCCAAGCUGUAAUUUUUCUAGGGUUUAUGAGGGUAAAGAGCGGGCAAAAUGAUACUACGUGUUACACACGUAAGCUUGGGGUCUUUUGCCUUAGCCCACCUAAUAGAUUAAUUAGUCUUUUGUCUGUCUUUGGAGUAAUAUGUAUUAGAAUAUAUAUUGUAGAACAAAUGAAUUUAUAGGCCGAAGGCCUAUCAAGAGAAAAGAAAAGUGAAAUCUCUUUUAA